UGCAAUUGGGCGCGUCUUUAACGGUUGGCAACACCAAUGAAAUAGCGUCGCGUCGGUUUUGUAAUUUGUAUAUUGGGGAAAUUUAGCGAAAUAAGUUGUAUUAAAUAAUAGUUGGUUAUGUAAAAAUCGUCACAAAGACAUUAAUUUGAAUACUAAAUUUUAAAAUGUCUAAGCCCUCAAAUGAUGACAGUUUGGAGUUGGACGACAUUCUCAGCCAGCCCGUUAAAGAUAAAGAGCGGUUUGCCGCCUUCAUGCUGCGUAAGCUGGCUGAGAACAAGCCGCCACCGAUGCAGAACCUAUUUGGGAACUUCAAGCUCGACUUUAAUCUUGAUUUUGAGGGACCGAUCAAGAAACCCAAGCCUAAGCCAGAAGUUUCCGUCCCGGAGCAAUCUAAUAAGUGUCCUGUGGACCAGGCAUCCAAUGAGAAACAAGCACCUCCUACGUCUCCCACCUUGUCGCCCAAUCAUCGACGUUCACUACGCCGCAGUGGAAAUGUUCCGGGAUCCGACAAACUACGGCGUCAUGCCAUUCACCGUCGAUCCCGGAGCUGCGGACGCAAACUGCUACCUGAAUUUGAGGAUGCGGUUAACCUGACUCGUAGCCUUUCCAGUCCCUCAAACUUUAUUCCAGAAAUCAGCAGCACACCAUGUGCUUCAGAUAAACCUGCCAUAGCAACUGGAAAUCUGGUAGAAAAAUCCACGGUGGAAACUGAAAAACCAGCAGAAAAACCAGCGGAAAAACCAGCUGAGAAGUCGUGCCAUCUAGAGCUGAAGUCACCAACAAGGGCAUCUAUUCAUGCCGCUGAGAUCGAACAAAUUUGCAAGGAACGGCACAAUUCCUUUCAUAAUAACGUCCUUCAGCUUGAUUACUCUGGACGGGCACCGUUUUCACGCCCUGGUACACCGACUUCACCCUCUGCAGCGGGUUUAAGACGCACCUACACAAUGGAAAAGGGACCCGCUCCUGGCCAGCUGCUCCUUUCGCCCUCUAAUACAAGUGUUGCACAUGGCAAAACGCCAGUGGUGAAGGUAAAGCGACUUAAUCAUAAUAUUGUAGUGCCCGACACACCACAACGACCAAUUCACGAACCUGCCUGGCAAUCACAGCCCCAACCAGAUUUUGUAGUCCCAGAAACACAGCCACAGGAACUGGAACAGCUGGUCCAGAAUCUCUCGCGGAAUACCAGCGGUCCAAUUGUUGUGAUUAAUACAACGAAUCCUAACAUAAGCGUGAAGAGGGAUUCCAUCCAGGUUGAAGCUGCUCCCAUAUCUCCAGUUGGCCCGUCUUCUUCGAUACCACCAACCGCAUCUUCUUCAAAACGAUCCACCGACACUACUCUCCUUAAAACCAGUAAGAAAACUCCGAUAGUUGUAAAAAAUCUUGACGCUAUAAUGACCGAUGACGAAAGUGACAAAGAACAAAGUACUGUAGCAUUAAAUCUAGCACCACCAGGCGGCAACACAACUCGCCAGCGCCGCUUGCGCAAUCGAAUUCGAACAACUACCGAAUCUCAGGAGAGUUCCAUGCGCCUCCUUAACCUACACCAGUCUGUCAAUGGUAGGAAACGUAAGCCGAGAAUGACGUCUAUACCGUUGAACAAGGCUCCCAGCGCUCCCAUUAACGGCGAGCAGUUCGCCUACGAGCUGACCCGAAUGAGCAAUUAUGAGAUUUUGGAUCUGCGCAAGCGCAACUCGUUGAACGAGGUAUAUCCUUUGAAUGGGCACAGGAGUCGUCAAUCGGAAAAGAUAAUUCUGGAAGAGGAGAUUGAGCGGGAACUUGCGAGAAGAAAAUUGAUGGAUGUGCGUGAUGGAUUGCCCCGAAUGCCAUCCACCGACGAUACAGAUGAAGAGGUCGUGCCGGUUGAUCGAAAAAGGCGUAGUUAUCGACAAAGACGACAACGCGGGGCUCCAAUGACAGAAGAGCUGAUAAACUACAUGAGCCUUUCAAAUACGAUAAAGGUUCGACGUAAAUCGUCAAGGGAUGGCAAGCGCAGCCUUUACACCAAGGGGGACUCCUAUAUUGAGGAUUGUGACUCGUCGUCUCCGGUAAAAAUGCCGCGACUAAGCAGAAGCGUUCACAUUGUUCCGCCUCCUCCGACUUCCCUACGGUACUCACAAUCGAUGCAAAGUUUACGCCGUAGCAAUAGAUUCGAUUUCGAUGAUGUCGUGAUGGAUGCACCUUCAGGUUUUCAUGAUGAACCGAAUGGUGAUAUAACUAGCAUUGUUCCGCCGCCGGCAGAGUACGUUACUAAGACAAGGAAAAAUACUACACUUAGAAGAAGCAACGAAGAGAAUAUUGUUCCACCUCCACCGGAUUAUGAAAGGGUCGAGGAACAAGAUGGAUAUGAGGGGCAACCAACAAGGUCGCAUAAAGCAGCCAUUCCGAAUAAACGAAAAACUAAGGAGAAUGAAGUGGUUCCACCGCCUAUCGAAUAUAUUGAACAACCGGACAAUGAUGGAAGCGAGGAGCACAAUUUCAAUGACGAACAAUUCGGAACGAGUAGUAGACAGCAGUUAAACCCUAUGGGACAAAAGACAAAAAAAGACUCAGUUUUGCCACCUCCAAUUGAAUCUACUAACUCAGCGGUCUUUGAAGAAGAAAAUGAUCGUAGCUCUAAACAGUCAAGAAGAAAGCAGAAAAAUAGUACAAACACCCGGCAGAUCGAUACAUCUAGUCGAAAUGCAAACGAAGAUCAAGUAGAUAAUGUUGAUCCACCAGAGGCAUUCGAAAAUGACGAUAAUGAUUUAGAGGAGCAAAAAAAUAUCAACGACGAUCAAAUCCGAGCAAGAAGUAGUAACCAGUUAAACCCUAUUGGACAUCAGACAAGCAAUGACGCGGUGGUGCCACCUCCAUUAGAAUGCACUCAGCCAGCGGAGUGCGAAGAAGAUACAAAUACUAGCUCUAGGCAACUAAGAAGAUCGCAGAAAAAUAGAAAAAACACUCGGAAAAACAACGUGGCUAAUCAAAAUACAACGGUUGAUAAAAUGCACCCACCGGAGGCUUCAAAAACUGACGAUAGUGAUAAAGAGCAAUCGAGGAGGAGAAACAAAUCAGGGCAUGCUUCAAACACUCGAGGGAAUGGAAUAAUGGAGAGAUCGGAGAACAUGGAAACUCUACGCGUAAACACUCCCACCCCUCCGCCGGAUUCUUCGACCGACGAUGUUCCCAGCACGAGUCGAGCGGCGAUGGAAGCUCUCCAGCAUAGUCAAAGGUUAAACGAUGAGGUAGUGUUUAAAAAACCCUCGGCACCGGCACCGCGAGCAAAAACGAGGAAAUCAAAGUCGGAGGUAGACAAGUUAAAAUUAUUAAAGUUUCCGGUGUCCACGGAGGAAGACGAUCACAAUACUACCGGAAUAAGACGUUCACGGCGAGGUCAAGUACCACUUCAGAUGUCUUGGUGCCACACCAUGGAUCCUAGGCAAUUUAAAUUCAUGCAAGAUGCUGGUGAUACUUCAAAAAACAAAUCCUAUGCUAAAAACGACAAAUCGAGUAAAGUAAAGAAAGUCAGUGCUGCGAAAGAAAAGGAGACUGCACAGAUAAACGCACCGGAUAAAUGGGGACCGCUGUGCAGUAGUACCCCACGCAACCCAGAACAACCCAGAAUCCAAGAACAGACGGAGGAAAUACCCAACUCUGGAUUACUUGGAAUCACUCCCCUGACGUGGGAAGAUACGGAAGUGCAACCAGAAGUUCAAAAGGUCCCCAAAAAAAGAGGGCGGAAAAAAAAGGAAGAGCCAGCUGGGCCAACAGUAACGCAGCCUGAGCCAGAACUGGAGCCACAAAUGAUAUCCCCAGUAAGGCCCCUUAGAGAGGUCCAGGAUGUGGACUUGGAAACGCCAUUUAUAAACAAUCAGCAGACAGAAAUAAUUAUGGAUCCGGCGGCGGAGCCGGAGCCCACGGUACCCCCGACACCCCUGGCACCUUCCCUCAGAGACGAGGAAGAGAAGUACUCCAUGCAACUGAUAAACUGGCUACGAGGCGUCAGCGAUAGUCAACCCGCUGCCGUUAAUUCAUUCGAUGAAAAUGCGAGUGUUUCUCCUGCAAAUGAGUUAUUGUUCACCGAAGUUGACGGCAUUGAUUAUGCCUUUUACAACACGACGGAGAAAGCCUCGUUGGGAUAUUUACGAUUCAAGCCUUUCCAAUGUCGCAAUAAGAAGAGAGCCAAGUUGCACCCUCUGAAAUUUAUUGUGCAAUUUGGCCAAUUUACUGUACAUACCGUGACAGAAAACAACGAGGAAGCGAAUGCAGUGUUACGUUCUGGUGACAUGAUAGAAAUAGCUAAGGGGACUAAAUAUAGUAUUCAAAACGCGAUAGAUAAUGUCAGUGUAAUGUUGGUUAUACGCAGUUAACAAUUUCUUUGUAAUUUAUAUAUAAAAAUAAUAAAGUGUUGUUUUGUUUAAA